AUAAACGCUGCGCUGUCGAUGAGUUGCCAUGAUGGAAGUCAAAGCAAAACAAAAAUUCACAGGAAAAGGUACAAAGAAGUCACAAGAAAAAAACAGAUUUUAUAAGAACAAUGAUUCUGGUUCUUCAAAGACAUUCCCAAAAAAAGUUGUUAAGGAAGGUGGACCUAAAAUCACAUCUAAGAACUUUCAGAAAAGUGCCAUAAAACCAGGGAAAAAAGGUGUGAAACAAUUCAGGAAUAAACAACAAGGGGAUAAAAUACCAAAGAACAAAUUCCAGCAGGCAAAUAAAUUCAACAAGAAGAGAAAAUUCCAGCCGGACAGUAAAAGUGAUGAAUCAGCAGCCAAGAAACCCAAAUGGGAUGAUUUCAAAAAGAAGAAGAAAGAACUGAAGCAAAGCAGACAACUAAGUGAUAGAACCAACUAUGACAUUGUUGUUCGGGCAAAGCAGAUUUGGGAGAUCGUGAGAAGAAAAGACUGUGACAAAGAAAAAAGAGUGAAGUUGAUGAGUGAUUUGCAGAAGUUGAUUCAAGGAAAAAUUAAAACUAUUGCAUUUGCACAUGAUUCAACUCGUGUGAUCCAGUGUUACAUUCAGUUUGGCAAUGAAGAACAGAGAAAACAGGCUUUUGAAGAACUACGAGAUGAUUUGGUUGAAUUAAGUAAAGCUAAAUAUUCCAGAAAUAUUGUUAAGAAAUUUCUCAUGUAUGGGGGUAAACCGCAGAUUGCAGAGAUAAUCAGAAGUUUUAAAGGCCACGUGAGAAAGAUGCUCCGACACGCGGAAGCCUCAGCCAUCGUGGAGUACGCAUACAACGACAAAGCCAUUUUAGAGCAGAGAAACAUGUUGACAGAGGAGCUCUAUGGGAACACAUUUCAGCUUUACAAGUCAGCAGAUCACCCAACUCUGGACAAAGUGUUAAAGGUACAGCCGGAAAAACUGGAGCUUAUCAUGGAUGAAAUGAAACAGAUUCUAACUCCAAUGGCCCAAAAGGAAGCUGUGAUUAAGCACUCAUUGGUGCAUAAAGUGUUCUUGGACUUUUUUACCUAUGCGCCCCCAAAGCUAAGAUCAGAAAUGAUCGAAGCCAUCCGCGAGGCGGUGGUGUACCUGGCGCACACACACGAUGGUGCCAGAGUGGCCAUGCACUGCCUGUGGCAUGGAACGCCCAAGGACAGGAAAGUGAUUGUGAAAACAAUGAAGACUUAUGUUGAAAAGGUGGCUAAUGGCCAAUACUCCCAUUUGGUUUUACUGGCGGCGUUUGAUUGUAUUGAUGAUACUAAGCUUGUGAAGCAGAUAAUCAUAUCUGAAAUUAUUAGUUCCUUGUCUAACAUAUUAAAUGACAAAUAUGGAAGGAAGGUCCUGUUGUACCUACUAAGCCCCCGAGAUCCUGCACAUACAGUACGAGAAAUCAUUGAAGUUCUGCAGAAAGGAGAUGGAAACGCACACAGUAAAAAAGAUACAGAAAUCCGGCGCCGAGAGCUCUUAGAAUCCAUCUCCCCAGCUUUGUUAAGCUAAAUGCAAGAUCACACUCAAGAAAUGGUGCUAGAUAAGUCUGCCUGUGUGUUGGUGCCUUGCAUUCUGGGAGCUGCCAUUGGAGACGCUCAACCUGCCAUGAAUGCCGUCGCCAGCUUGGCAGCAGCAGAACUGCAUCCUGGCGGCAAGGAUGGAGAGCUUCACAUUGCAGAACAUCCCGCAGGACACCUUGUUCUGAAGUGGUUAAUAGAACAAGAUAAAAAGAUGAAAGAAAACGGAAGAGAAGGUUGUUUUGCAAAGACACUUGUAGAACAUGUCGGUAUGAAGAACCUGAAGUCGUGGGCUGGUGUAAAUCGAGGUGCCAUCAUUCUUUCGGGCCUUCUCCAGAGUUCUGAUCAAGAAGUUGCAAGCAAAGUCAAAGCUGGACUGAAAAGCCUGAUCCCCACAUUGCAGAAAAACAAAAGCACCAGCAAAGGAGUAGAAAUGCUGCUUGAAAAACUGUCUGUGUAGAUGGACACAAUUACCAAGAUGGAAUCAUUGUUUCUCGUCAGAUCUGUUUUCCCAGAGUGGAGAGAAGGGCUAGGGGUCCACCACACUGGUAAUUUGUGUACUCAGUGUAUGUGCUUCUUCUUUGUAUAUGAAUUUAUUUAUAAAAUGCUUUCUAAAAAUGCCCUUUAAAAAAAAA